GGCAGCACGUCAAAGUCAGUCUCCUAGCAACCACAGACAACGGCGUCGUCAAGCUGAGGAUUCCGGUUUCUGAGUUUUUCUUUUACUUUUCGCGAGGAGUUUCAAGCCGAACACGAUGGACGCUUCGCUCGAGGCUCAAACCAAACCGCUUUCCACCUUGUCCGCGUUCAGUUACAUCCCGCCGCGACGGAAGGACCCCAAACACAUGUCGUACUUCAACACAAAACCAACGGUCCCAGAGGUCUCCACGUACGACCGAGUGUUCCACCAGGCGGAAGGUUACGAUAUGAGACUGCACCGAGACGAUAGGAGACACUUCAAGGGAAGAGGACUGGACAUAAACGAGGAGGAGAAGUCAAGAGCUGUACCGGUGUGCUCCUCUGCAGAACACGGCCGGCGUCCCGUUCCCGCGCUGUGGCAAACAGGCCGGCAGUAUGCACGCGUGGCUCACAUAAACGCAGAAUUCUUCAGGAAAAACGGCAUCCUCUGGAAUGUGGAAGAAGGAUUCGGAUCAGUGGCCCCCGACUUGAAAGCAUGAGGCGUUUGAUCUUAAUAAUAAACCAGUGUUAUAGUUUAUACUAGA